AAGGUUUGGUUAAAUUUUAUUCCAAUUUCAGAUUCCAUACAUUUUUCACAUUCCUUGUAAAACCAUUACUUCCUCUCCCUUACAAUAAAGCAUUGUGCCAUUGUCCUUGUUAAUUUUGUCUACCACUUGGCAGUGUGGCCCCAAACAGUAGUAUGUGUUUAUGCAACAGUAUGACAUUUAUUUAGUCUUUACUGCAAAGUUGGUUGCUAGGAAGUCCUCACAAUAUUGUCCUCCGCUUUUUCUAUGGUUCUAUUAUUGUCUGGACUUGCGUUAUUAUUCUGUCUAUGAGCUAUGCCAUUGUGCAUUCCUUUAUUGGUGUACUUAGGGCUAUAGUUGCUGAGCCAACUGGGCAGAGUUUGGGGCUUAUUAGCUCAGUCAAAAGGCUAUUACAAUAUCCUUUAGCACUUUUCAGAGCUGCAGCUCAGUUGGUAGCCAGCUAGUUUGUUAGCAGUUUGUCAGUCUAGCAGCUUAGCUUACGAGAUUGUAUGUCCCUAGAUUCUGCUGCUGAAACCACAGCUGCAAGUAGCUAAGGACCACUCGAAGAGCGUAUUCCUGCAACCCUCACAUCUACCUCUGUGAUCCGAGUAGCCACUCUCAAGUGCUAGCGGUGCAGAGUGAACUGUUAAGCAUUAGUACUAACAAAAGGUCAAAAUGAUGACUCUGAGACCUCUAAUCAUCCUCUCAAUUGCAGCACUAGCCCUGCUCAGCGUAGCUGAUGCAGCUAGUGUGCGAGCUAAAAGACAAUCUGCAGCGAUGCCAGGCCCCGCUGGCCCCCCCGGAAGUGAUGUAGCAGCCCAACCUGGACCACCAGGAUCUCAAGGCCCACCAGGCUCAAGCGGAGAUGAUGGUAGUGAUGGUAAAUCUGGAAAUGAUGGUCAAGAUGGUUCCGGAGGAGAAAGUGGCCCACCUGGUCCCCCUGGACCCCCCGGACAGCCAGGAGCACCUGCCUAUGUACCCAUUGGUGGUGGAGAUAAAGGACCCAUUGUGAUUCCAAUUGUUGGUGACCGUGGUGCCAGAGGACCACCUGGACCUCCAGGACCUUAUGGAGCACCUGGCUAUCCUGGACACCCAGGAGCUAAGGGAAUCAGAGGACACAGGGGUAUGGAAGGCACACAAGGAGAGCCUGGAGUUGUUGGAAAUGCUGGAAAGACCGGAAGCCCUGGGCCAACUGGACCCACUGGACAGCCAGGAGAGCAUGGACCCAGUGGACCCCCAGGACUGCCCGGUAUCCCCGGAUUCCCUGGACUCAAGGGAGAUGAUGGUGAUGCUGGAGCUGCCGGUGACCGUGGAGAGCAGGGUUCAAAGGGCGUUCCUGGACCUAGCGGCGAGACUGGACACCCAGGACCUGACGGAAACAGGGGAGGACAAGGAUCUGUGGGAAUGAAGGGAGACUCUGGACCAGAUGGCAACGAUGGCCCUGAUGGACCCGCUGGCCCAGCUGGCUAUGCUGGACCUGGUGGUGAAUCUGGAGAAACUGGCCCCGGUGGAUCUCAAGGACGAAAAGGGGCUGCGGGACCCCGUGGUGCCACUGGCCCAAGAGGAGGACAAGGCGCAGAUGGUGAUAAGGGCGCUGAUGGAGUGCCUGGUCAUCCCGGAGCAGGUGGUAAUCCAGGUCAGAAUGGAACUCCAGGCUCAGCUGGGCUUGGUGGUCAGAAGGGGCUCAUGGGUAACCAAGGCCGACCUGGUCCCCCUGGUAUCCAAGGACAGACUGGAGAAGCUGGUGCCACUGGACCUAGAGGUCAGUCUGGUGCCAAGGGAGAGCCCGGUAUGGAUGGAGACAAAGGAGUGAAUGGUGCUCAAGGAAAGGCUGGAUCUACUGGAGAACAAGGACACAAAGGAGCCACUGGUCCCCCUGGAGAUCAGGGACAAUACGGCAGACCUGGGCCACAGGGCUCUGUUGGACCCAAGGGCCCAAAAGGUCCAUCUGGACAUAAUGGACUCGACGGUAGUGACGGAAAGAACGGAGCCAAAGGUGCCAAGGGAGAGAAGGGUGGUGACGGAGCACCUGGAGUGGCUGGACUAGAUGGUCUUAAUGGAUAUGAUGGUGGCCCUGGGUCAUCAGGCCGUCCUGGAUCUCGUGGAAAGACUGGAGAUCAAGGAGCAGCUGGUAACUCUGGUAGCCCUGGAAGUGCAGGGGCACCCGGCACACACGGACCUCCUGGACCUAGGGGAUUGGACGGACCAGCUGGACCAGCUGGAGCUCAUGGCGACCUUGGUAUCUCAGGACAUAAGGGCUCUCGUGGAGAACAUGGCGUCCCAGGGGAGGCUGGUCCCAUCGGCCCCCCUGGUCAGCCAGGAGAGGCUGGAUCACCCGGAGCUAAGGGUAACACUGGCAUUCCCGGAGGAUUUGGAAAGCCCGGACACCCAGGACAGUCUGGACCUGCUGGUCCCACUGGCCCAGCUGGAGAUGUUGGCCCUCGUGGAGGACCUGGAGGCGCUGGACCCGUUGGAGCCAAGGGAGAUCAGGGGCCCAAGGGUGGACCCGGAGGAUCUGGUGAUAUUGGAGCUGUUGGAGGCCCAGGACAAACUGGUCGUGAUGGUCCUGAUGGUCCUGAUGGUAACCCAGGCCCCCAGGGAGGAGCAGGUACACCUGGACCCAGAGGAGGAAUCGGAGCUUCUGGACCAGCUGGAUCUAGAGGUAGAGCAGGAGAUCGUGGUGCUAAGGGUCCUCGUGGUGGACCUGGAAACGCUGGUCCCAGAGGAGAGGAUGGAGAAGCUGGACCUGAUGGUAUCCCAGGACGACCUGGAGGCGUUGGACCCCCUGGACUAGCUGGAGAUAGGGGAUUCCCCGGAGAGCAAGGCUCACAUGGAGGAGCUGGAAAGCCUGGAGUAGCUGGAGAUAAGGGAGACAAGGGUUCUGAUGGCCCACAAGGAGCAAGCGGCCCCGCAGGACCAGCCGGAGGAUCUGGACCAGUCGGACCAGUCGGACCUCAAGGAGAGGAGGGACCCGAUGGUGUUCCUGGAUCUCAGGGCAAUGCUGGCAAACCAGGCAAACCUGGACAGCCCAGCCCCCAAGGCAACAAGGGACCAGCUGGUGCCACUGGCAACGCUGGACUGCCUGGACGAGCUGGCCCUGAAGGACCCAGCGGUGGAAAGGGACCAGUCGGACCCGACGGCUUCCCAGGAACUAAAGGAUCACGUGGUCCACCCGGACAAGAUGGACCCUACGGACCCCGUGGACCUGCUGGACCUAGGGGAUUCCCCGGAAAAUCAGGAGAACCUGGUGUAUCUGGCAAGGCUGGAGCUGAUGGUGAGAAGGGAAGACCUGGUUCCCAAGGAGAGGCUGGACUGACUGGACAAUCCGGGCCUCAGGGACCCAAGGGAGCACAAGGAAAGAGUGGCAUCCCUGGCUCAGCUGGAGAGAAGGGAGAUAUGGGUGAUGCUGGACCACAGGGACAGAAGGGACCAUCUGGGCCUCAGGGACUCAAGGGAGCCAAAGGAAGAUCUGGCCCCAAGGGCUUCGAAGGACCCGCAGGAGACAAAGGAGCACAGGGACUUGAUGGUGAUCCUGGAGCAUCUGGACGAAACGGACCCCCUGGUGAUGCUGGAGACAAAGGCCGUGCUGGACCCCGUGGGUUCCCCGGUAAACCUGGCCCAGAUGGAAAGAGAGGUGAGCCUGGUACCACUGGUGGCCCUGGAGAAACUGGCAGAGACGGCCCCACUGGUGCCAAUGGAGACCCUGGACCCGCUGGACGAACUGGAACACCUGGACAAGCAGGUGAUCCAGGUCCCAAGGGACCACGUGGAGACAAGGGAGACCAAGGCAAGAAGGGCGACCAAGGACACAAAGGAGACGCUGGAUUCGAUGGAAUCCCUGGAAUGGUUGGAGAUGUUGGACCCAAGGGUAACCAAGGAACACAGGGACCACAAGGACCAGAGGGUCCCAAAGGAGAUACAGGAUCAGUUGGCCCCAAGGCAGCUCUUGGACCAGAGGGAGAGAAAGGAUCUGCUGGACCACCUGGUCCUGAUGGAGGUGAUGGCCCCAAGGGAUACCUUGGACCACCCGGACCUCCCGGACCUCCUGGAGAUGGUACUAAGGGUCCAAUCUUCUACAGAGGCAGGGAUGACACCUACAACCUUCAGAAGAUCGAAAAGCAAUUCCUCUACGUGGAGCUUACUUCAAUGGCCAAGGAGCUUCAGGAGCUCUCUUCUCUCAAACCAGCUCGUAGCUGCAGGGACGUUCAACUGGAGAAACCCGAUGUUUCCAGCGGUACAUUCACCGUGGACCCCAACGUGGGCUCAUCUUUGGACUCUGUGAAGGCAUACUGUCACUUUGAGGGAGAGCAAGCCACUACCUGUGUGCAGAACUCUACCACUUUCUCUCAAAUCAACCACCUUCAUCUGCUCCACACCCGGGCCUCUCAGACUAUCCAGCUGCCCUGCAGCCUCAAGGGACCCCUCAGCCUCACUCCUUUCGAUAGUGAUAACAGUGUUGAUGUAUCUUUCUCAAAGAAGGGAAACCUUGAUGUUGUCAUGUCCAAAUGCAAUUCAUUCACGAUGAUGCGAGAAGUGACGUUCAAGACUGAGAACAGUAUGGAGCAGUUGGUGCCAUUCACCGAGGCUAUCCGAUACAACUACCAGGACUACCACUUCAAGGAGACCUGCUUCUACUGAGCAUGCUCGGUAGCCAUAGUAACAGUUGGUUGACUAACUGGUUAGCUAGUAAACUCUAUACUCUGUUUUUGCAUGUGUAGCUCAUAAUUUUUUCUUUGUGAUAUACAGAACAAUAUUUUAACCCAUAUACUGGAUUUAUUGUAGUUUCUUGUCUUCAGUGGAUUUGUAAUAUGACACGAAUUUUUUUAAAGAAGUGAUAUUUAUUGAAAA